UCUCGCGAUAUUUACCUAAGGGGUCAAAGUUAACAUUGGCCAUGUGUUUAUGUUGCCGCAACUACUACAGCACUCUGAGACACAGCCACAGUUUGCAUUGUAUUUACAUAUAUCUAUGAAUUCUGCAGUCUUAAAAGCACAGACCUACGUGCUUGGGAGACUUUAUAUUUCGUCAAAGGAAGUUGGUUGUAUCUGAAUAUUGUCCUCUGCUCCGCGUUAGCUUCCGUAGUUCAUCUGAUAUGCAAGCUUUCAUCCUUUAGCUGCACGAUGGCUUAGCGUGACAUGUUAAAAAUCCGACCGCUGUUGAGUGCCUUAGUUAACAACAGACUGACGUUAGAAAGACACGGUGGCCCUUGCAAGUUGAUUUGCAAGAUGAGUGAAGGAUCCAGAGAUGAGCAGACAGCCACGCUGCUGAAAAGAGCCAAUGAGGAAAAUGAGGACUCUGCUGAGAAGGUGCAGGCUGCAAAAAAAUUAAAAGCAGAAGGGGAACAAGCUGAAGAUGAAAAGAAAUAUCCCAAAAAGAAAGUGGUCCUCCUCGUGGCAUACUCUGGAAAGGGAUACUAUGGCAUGCAGAGAAAUCCUGGAACCACUCAGUUUAGGACCAUCGAAGAUGAGCUGGUCACUUCACUCAUUAAAUCAGAUUGCAUUCCUGAAAACCAUGGCAGUGAGAUGAAGAAGAUGUCUUUCCAAAGAUGUGCCAGAACAGAUAAGGGUGUGUCUGCUGCUGGCCAAGUGGUGUCUCUAAAGUUACGGUUGAUUGAAGACACCGUUGAAAAAAUCAAUGAGCAUCUGCCACCACAGGUCAGAGUGCUCGGUCUUAAACGGGUGACCCAAGGUUUCAAUGCCAAAAACAACUGCGAUGCUCGUACAUACGCUUACAUGCUUCCAACAGUGGCCUUUUCCCCAAAAGACUAUGAUACUGGCAAAAUAGCAGCCUUUCGCCUACCGCCAGAAACACUUCAGAAGGUAAACCGUCUGUUUGCUCUCUACAAAGGCACCCAUAACUUCCACAACUUCACUUCUCAGAAGGCUCCGAGUGACCCCAGUGCCCGCCGCUAUGUCACAGAGAUGUCCUGUGGAGAGCCAUUUAUCAACAGCAAUAUACAGUUCGCUGUGAUCACUGUACGGGGCCAGAGCUUUAUGCUGCACCAAAUCCGGAAGAUGAUCGGACUGGUGAUUGCGGUGACAAAGGGCUACGCGAAGGAGGACGUGAUGGAGCGUAGCUGGGGACAGGAUAAGGUGGAUGUUCCUAAAGCUCCAGGACUGGGCUUGGUCUUAGAAAGGGUUCACUACGACAGGUACAACAAGCGCUUCGGAGGGGACGGGCUUCAUGAGCGGCUGGACUGGGACCAGGAGGAGGAGGCCAUCAAGGCUUUCAAGGAGGCCCACAUCUACCCCACCAUUGUCGAGACGGAGUGUCAGGAGGGCUCCAUGGUCAGCUGGAUGUCAACCCUUCCUAUCCAUGACUUUGAGGCUUCAGCCAAAGCUACUGACACACAGGGAAAUAAGGACCAGAAACAGGACAAUGCAGAUGUAGGAAAUGACUCCGAUUAAGUCGCCCUGCCAGCUGAAAGAAGAGACGUUUUCAGAACAAAAUAUUCUCUCUCUUUUGUUGGGAAUUAGCUUUCUUAUUAUUAUAUCUUCCAAGAUUGAAUUUUUUUUAGUGGUAUUCAAUUUUGCUUCCUCUUACAUAAAUGUUAUUAAACAAACAAGACAAUAAAAACCUCUG